AUGGCGUACAUCUUGCAAAUUCUACAGGGGGACAACAGCAACAAGAUGAUCAGGAAGCUGACGAUGAUGGAGAGCUCCAUCAGUGCUUUGGCAGAGGUCCCCAUUAUCACACAGCAGAGUGUUGCACUGCAGCAGCACACCAACCCAUAUUUUCUUCCAAAUCCAAGCCAUGGCUCUUGUGAAGAUAGCUGGGAGGAGAUCCAAAGCUUAAGAACCAUUAGAGCGGAGAACGAAGUUGAAGCCAACAAGCUGGUCAACAACUACAGGUUUGGCUUUAGAAAAUGGAAGAGCCACGUGACAGAGCGUCCCUUUGAAGACAGGUCUGAAGUGGUGAAAGAGCUCUAUUCUGAAUUGAACGUCAUUAAGCCACAUACUGGCCCAGGCCAUCUCCUGACCUGUGGAAAUGUGCUUUAUGUGUUUAUAUUUGGUUGGUGGCUCUCGCUUGUGUACCUGCUGGUGAGCACACUCAUGUUCCUCACUGUCAUUGGUGCACCCUACGGAAAGCUCUGCUGGAAGCUGGCCUGUUACUUCCUGUGGCCAUUUGGCAAGUUAGUUUACCAGAUUGGACACAGAUUUCACAGAUGUUGUGAGCUAAUGCCUGACUGUGAGUGUGCUGUGGAAUGGAUUGAGGAUAGCUCUCCGGUGCUGCUGCCAUCACCUACUGAGAGCCCCGUCCCAGAGGAGGCAUCACAGCAACAAGCGCAAACUGGUUACUGGUGUCGUUUCUCCACUUAUUUGUGGCUGUUGCUGGGAUAUCCUCCUCUGGUUAUUAUCCACUCUGUGGUUUGCCUUGGCUCCUGGAUUCUGGUCUUCACCAUCCCUGUAGCCAAGAUGAACGCACGCACUUUAGGCAUCAUCCUUCUCUUGCCUCCAGAGGAAGUUUGUGUGUCAGCCACCUCGCAAAGGAAGUGUCAAGGUUACGAGAGCCGGACACUGCUGUGCUGCUACCAUGCCGCAAACUGGUACUACUACAAGUAUACUGUAGAUGGCAUCAAUGUAUUUGCCGUCAACCUUCUCCCUCUUGUCAUAUUUGCACUGAUAAUCGGGUACAUCGACAGAGAAAAUCGGUACGCCAGCUCUGACGUCAAGUUCGCCAUAGCCAUUGCCUCCAUCAUACCUCUGUCUUACUACAUUGGCAUGGGCAUUGCCAGCAUUUCUGCCCAGAGUAACUUUGCCGUGGGCGCCGUCGUUAACGCCACCUUUGGUUCCAUCACUGAGUUGACUUUUUACAUUACGGCUCUGCUGAGGGGCCACAGGGCAGCCAACCCAUGCCUGCAAGAGAUUGUGAAGGCAGCACUGACUGGCACCCUUCUCGGAUGCAUCCUCUUCAUCCCUGGAGUCUGUAUGAUAAUUGGAGGUUUGAGACAUCGUGAACAAAGAUUUAACAGCCGUUGCACAGGAGUGAGUUCUGCGCUUCUCUUCAUCUCUGUUGGAGGUGUCUUCGCCCCUACGUUGUUCUCCAAGGCUUAUGGGAACUUUGUGUGCGACUCGUGCACCAACUCCACAUCAGCAAACACCACUAGUAACACCAGCGGCCCAUUCAUCUGCCAAAAUUGCCACUAUGAUGUGAACAACAGCACACUUUUCCAUCACCAUGUUGAGCCCCUGGUGUACACUGUUUCUGCCCUCUUGCCCGUGGCUUACAUCAUUGGACUGGUAUUCACACUUAAGACACACUCCCACAUCUACGACAUCCAUGUCGGAGACGGACAAGAAAGGGGCCAGCACCAGCACGGUGGUGCUGUGGUUCACUGGUCCAGAUGGAGGUCUAUGCUAAUCCUUAUCAUGGCCACCCUGCUAAUGUCUGCUUGUGCUGACCUGGCCACUGAACACAUCCAGCCCAUCCUCAAUCAGCCCAACAUCUCUCAGUAUUUUAUCGGGGUCACAGUUCUCGCCAUGGUUUCCGAAAUCCCUGAAAUUGUCAACGGGAUCCAGUUUGCACUUCAGAACAACAUAAGUCUCAGCUUAGAAGUGGGUAGCUGUAUCGCUGUACAAGUCUGCAUGCUCCAGAUUCCAAUCCUGGUCUUGUUCAACGCCUUCUAUGAUGUGGGCUUUGUGCUCUUAUUCAGCGACCUGCACCUUUGGACCAGUAUCUUCAGUGUGAUUUUAGUUAACUACAUCUUCAUGGACGGAAAGUCUGAUUAUUUUCAAGGAACUGCUCUGGUAGUUGUCUAUCUGAUCCUAAUGGCUCUCUAUUACUUUGCUCCAUCACCAGCAGGCUGCUGA